AGUAAUCAGCGGUAUUCAAUAGUGAGUGGUUGUGGAUAAUCAAAAUGCCUUCUGAAGCGCUUUGUAAUCAAUUGACACUGGAGCAAGAAAAUUACAAAAUAUUACAAUUGCAAAAACUGAUUAAAGAGAAUGAAAAACUAAACAAACUUUGUAAUGAUGAGCUAUAUUUAAGAAGAUUUUUAUUAAGUACCAAUUUUGAUGUACAAGCUGCUUUUAACAGGAUGAAUUUAUUUUAUGAGUUAUUAUUGGAAUAUCCUGAUUGGUACACUAGAAACAACCCUAUUGAGUGUAAAUCAUUUAUCGACAUGGAUAUACGCCUUAUUCUCCCAGGAGAGGAUAAGGAAGGCCGACCUAUUUAUUUGAUGAAAUUUGCAAAUGUUGAUGUAGAUAAAAUGGACAUUUUGGAUGCUGUUGCUGUGGAUGAUAUAAUGCUGGAAGUAUUUUUCAAAGAAGAAAAUAUUAAAAAUGGACUUUGUGUCAUUAUAGAUGUAUCCAAUAUUUCGCUAAAGAUGCUAAAGUGGUUAACCCCUCAUAAUAUUAAAACUGGUCUGAAAAAACUAGAAGCCACGCCAAUAGAAAAUUACAGAUUUCAUGUGGUAAAGUCUUCAUUGAUAGUGAAUGCUGCAAUUAAAAUUAUUUGGCCAUUUUUGAAUGACAGAAUUAAGGAGAUGGUAAAAUUUCAUUACAACAAUAUGCAAUCUUUGUAUGAAUACAUUGAUAAAGAAAUUUUGCCAACAGACCUAGGUGGAUACACGCAAAUUGAUACUGAAAAGUUACGUGAGAAAGUAUAUGUUUGCAAUAAUGACAUUUUAGAAAGCUUUGAGAAAAGGCGAUCAAUUUUCCUCAAUUGAUCGACUCAAAAUAUAUUACAAUGGUUUGGUAAAAAUUUAUAUUGUUUUACUAUAAAUGUUUUUAUUUUAUUCGUUAUAUAUUAAUUAGUUAUAGUUGUAAUAAAGUUUAUGAUGAUUACUAA